GGCUUCUCAGAAGCUCUCGGCCUGAUGUGAGCACCGGCCACUGGACUGAGGCAGUUUUCUGGACGCUGAUCUUGAAUUUGUCGACACGAACCCAGUGGCGAGCCCUCGGUGGUCCCGUGCACGCCAGCUGCCCGGCCCCGAGAUGUCCCGGCACCACAGCCGAUUCGAACGAGAGUACCGCGCCCCCGGCUGGGACCGCCGCGAAUGGAGUGCCAAUGGCACCCACGGGAGCCUGACCAGCUGCAGUGCCGCGGCCGCUGGUGCCAUCAGUGCCCGGCCUGGCCUCUUGCCUCUGCCCAUCGUGCCCUCCAGGCUUCCCACGCCGGCCGCCCCCGGGGCUCCCUGCACCACGGGCACCAGCGACACCAUCACCAGCCUCGUGGCCAGCUCCUCUUCUGGGGCCUCCAGCAAGGUCCCUGGCCUCUCCAAGGUAGAGACUCCAUCACAAGGACUGGCGACCAGUGUUAGGUGGGGGCAGACGCCCAUCAACCAAUCCACACCUUGGGACACGGAUGAGCCGCCACCUAAGCAGAUUCGGGAAAGUGAGAACCCAGGGACCACGCCCUGGGUUACCACAGUGACCGCAGGGAGCCAGCCGGCCCUCCUCGCCCACACCUACGGGAUGAGCCAGCCUCCCGCCUUCAGUCCUGCCGUGAGCGUCCCAGCCCCUGUCAUCGGGGUGACCCCCUCGCUGCCUCUGAUUCCGGCACACUACCAACUCCAGCCUCAGCCUCCACAGCCCUUGAGCAGUCUGGUGGUCACCUUGCCCAGUCAGAGCCUGUAUAGCGGCAGCCAGCCCCUGAGCCUAACCUCGAUGCCUGGCGUGGGACCGGUGACCCGCCCAGGCCCCGCAGCUGUAGGCAACGGGCACAUGGCAUGCCCGGUCCUGCCGCCGCCGCCGCCUCCCUCCGUGCCUAUGGCUGCCCUGCCCAACAGCGUCCCCACCACCAAUGGGCCGGCAGUGCCCCCGGCCCCUCCCGCAGACUCUGCCCAGGGCCAGAGCGUCCAGAUGCUUCGGACAAUCGGCAUGGGGAAAUACGAGUUCACAGACCCAUGGCACCCCAAAGAAAUGUUGAAGGAGUUGAACCAGCAGCGGAAAACGAAAGAGUUCACAGACCUGAAAAUUAUUGUUGACGGCAAAGUGUUUGAAGUCCACCAAAAUGUGGUAGCUUCCUGCAGCUUGUAUCUCAAGGACCUGAUCAAAAGGUCUCCCCGGGAGCGCGACAGCCGCGACAAGUUGGAGCUCAGCCUGCCCGACCUCCGCGCAGAUGUCCUGGAGCUGCUCCUGGAGUUCGUCUACACGGGCUCGCUGACCAUCGACGCAGCCAAUGCCAAGACGCUGCUGGAGGCCGCCAGCAAGUUCCAGUUCCACACUUUCUGCAAAGUCUGCGUGUCCUUCCUUGAGAAGCAGCUGACCCCUGGGAACUGCCUGGGAGUGCUGGCCAUGGCUGAGGCCAUGCAGUGCAGCGAGCUGUACCACAUGGCGAAGGCCUUCGCGCUGCAGAUCUUCCCUGAGGUGGCAACCCAGGAGGAGAUUUUGAAUAUCUCCAAGGAUGACUUCAUCGCCUACGUGUCCAACGACAGCCUCAACACCAAGGCGGAAGAGCUUGUGUAUGAGACUGUGAUUAAGUGGAUCAAGAAGGACCCAGCAUCCAGAGCGCAGCAUGCUGCAGAGCUGCUGGCCGUGGUGCGCCUGCCCUUCAUCCACCCCAGCUACCUGCUCAAUGUGGUGGAUAAUGAGGAGCUGAUCAAGUCAUCUGAGGCCUGCAGGGACCUGGUCAAUGAGGCCAAGCGCUACCACAUGCUGCCGCAUGCCCGCCAAGAGAUGCAGACACCCCGUACGAGGCCCCGGCUCUCAGCAGGUGUGGCUGAGGUCAUCGUCCUCGUUGGGGGCCGACAGAUGGUAGGGAUGAGCCAACGGUCACUGGCUGCUGUCACCUGCUGGAACCCACAGAACAACAAGUGGUACCCCUUGGCAGCGCUACCCUUCUACGAUCGAGAGUUCUUUAGUGUUGUCAGUGCUGGGGACAACGUCUACCUCUCUGGUGGGAUGGAGUCAGGGGUGACUCUGGCUGAUGUCUGGUGUUACAUGUCCCUGCUUGACAACUGGAACCUGGUCUCCAGGAUGACAGUCCCUCGAUGCCGGCACAACAGCCUGGUGUAUGAUGGCAAGAUUUACACCUUGGGAGGCCUUGGUGUGGCUGGCAAUGUGGACCAUGUAGAAAGGUAUGACACUAUCACCAACCAGUGGGAGACGGUGGCCCCUCUCCCCAAGGCUGUGCACUCAGCUGCCGCUACUGUGUGCGGCGGCAAGAUCUACGUGUUUGGAGGGGUAAAUGAGGCUGGCCGGGCUGCCGGGGUGCUGCAGUCCUACAUUCCGCAGACCAACACGUGGAGUUUCAUUGAGUCCCCAAUGAUUGAUAACAAAUACGCUCCGGCCGUUACCCUCAAUGGCUUCAUCUUCAUCCUGGGGGGUGCCUACGCCCGGGCCACCACCAUCUAUGACCCAGACAAAGGCAAUAUCAAGGCGGGGCCCAACAUGAACCACUCCCGGCAAUUCUGCAGCGCUGUUGUGCUGGAUGGGAAGAUCUACGCCACCGGUGGCAUCGUCAGCAGCGAGGGGCCGGCCCUGGGCAACAUGGAGGCCUACGAGCCGGCCACCAACACAUGGACCCUCCUUCCACACAUGCCCUGCCCCGUCUUCCGGCACGGCUGCGUGGUGAUCAAGAAGUACAUCCAGAGUGGAUGAGGGCCCAGGACACGCGUG